AUGAGCAAGUUGAUUGAAGAAAACGAGGAGAAUGAAGAACUGAGUGAAGUUAAGGAGAAAAACAUCCACACUAGAGAGAAACUUUUUUCACAGCCAAUACAUUUAAAAGUUCAUCAGAAAAUACAUACUGGUGUGAGAGAGUACAUGUGCUUUGAGUGUGAAAAGACUUUUAAUACAGCUGAACAUUUGAAACGGCAUGAGAGGAUCCACACUGGAGAGAAACCUUACAAGUGUUCACACUGCGACAAGAGAUUCAGUCGGUCAAUACAUCUGAAAACACACGAGAGGAUCCACAUUGGAGAAAAACCCUACGCAUGUGAUCAGUGUGGGAAGAGUUUUGCACAAAAAGGACAACUUACAGAGCAUAUGAGAGUUCAUACUGGAGAGAAAUCAUUCACUUGUGAUCAGUGCGGGAAGAGUUUCACAAAAUCCUUAAACCUUAUGAUACACAUGAACAUUCACACUGGAGAGAAACCAUACAAGUGUUCACACUGUGACAAGAGAUUCAGUCAUUCAGCAAAUCUGAAAAGACAUGAGAGGAUCCACACUGGAGAGAAACCUUACAAGUGUUCACACUGCGACAAGAGAUUCAGUCGGUCAAUACAUCUGAAAACACACGAGAGGAUCCACAUUGGAGAAAAACCAUACGCAUGUGAUCAGUGUGGGAAGAGUUUUGCACAAAAAGGACAACUUACAGAGCAUAUGAGAGUUCAUACUGGAGAGAAAUCAUUCACUUGUGAUCAGUGCGGGAAGAGUUUCACAAAAUCCUUAAACCUUAUGAUACACAUGAACAUUCACACUGGAGAGAAACCAUACAAGUGUUCACACUGUGACAAGAGAUUCAGUCAUUCAGCAAAUCUGAAAAGACAUGAGAGGAUCCACACUGGAGAGAAACCAUACAAGUGUUCACACUGUGACAAGAGAUUCAGUCAUUCAGCAAAUCUGAAAAGACACGAGAGGGUCCACACUGGAGAGAAACCGUAUCACUGCACUGCAUGUGGGAAGUGUUUCAGUCAAUCGUCUUCUUUACACAGAACAGGGAUGAUGCUAGCAGAUUUUAAGCAGGGUGAGAUGAUGGCUGAUGUCAGUGAGAGGAUGAAGAUCUUGGUGAAUACUCUGUCUUACAGUUACAACCGGCCCUUUGAAGGCAGCCAUAACGUUGAAGUGGCCCUCAGUGACAAUGAGUUUGGCACCCCUGAUAUAGAGUCAGCAGAAAUCUGA